AAUCACCAAGAACAUAAUGGAUUUACGGUGGUUGAACAAAAGCGGAAAACGGAAAUAUGGAAAAGGGGUGCAGCCACAGCGCCAGCGGCGUCCAAUAUCUUCUCUAGGGUUUAUAGAAACGAUAGAAAAGGGUCAUAAACAAAUAGCCAAGGGGAAACCCCACACAAACAACAGCCCUCUCCGCUCCCUUCCCUGUCUCUCUCUUCUCUGUCUCUCUGUCUGUCUCUCUCCAGUCCACCCUCCCUCCUCCUCCUCCGCCCCCGGCCCGCUCUUCUCCCCUUCCCCGCAACCCAACCCCACCCCGGCCACCACCCCCCGCCCCACCGUGCGUGCCCAGCACGUGCUCUCCCUCUCCCCUUCUUCUUCUUCCCCGGUCCUGACUCCGGUGGCCGCUGACAUCCGCGGAGGCGGAGGGAGGUGAGUUUGUGUCUGUUUGUUUUCGUUGUUCGACGCGGAACCGGAGGAUGGAGCAUGGCGGCGGAGGGGCUGGGAGUGGCGGCGGGGGAGCCGCGCCUUCGAGCAGCAACAGCGGCGGCGGGGGGAGCGGCACGAGCGGGAGCCGUGGCGGCGGCGGCGACCACCACCCGCAUCACCCGUUCUACUACGCGGGCCCAUCGGUGGCGGCGCCCAACAACAACAGCAACAACGUGCAGCAGCAGCAGCCGCAGCAGUUCAUGGGGUCGCUCGCCAUCACCACCGCCGCCGUGGCCGCCGACCAGGCCCCGGCUAACAAGGAGAAGGCGGUGGCGGCGCCGGUGACCCCGUCCUCGUCGGGCGCGGUGGCGAAGCGGCCGUCCAAGGACCGGCACACCAAGGUGGACGGCCGCGGCAGGAGGAUCCGGAUGCCGGCGCUGUGCGCGGCAAGGGUGUUCCAGCUGACCCGGGAGCUGGGCCACAAGUCGGACGGCGAGACCAUCGAGUGGCUGCUGCAGCAGGCGGAGCCGGCCAUCCUCGCCGCCACCGGCACGGGCACCAUCCCGGCCAACUUCUCCUCGCUCAACAUCACCCGCGCCUCCGGCUCCUCCGCAUCCGUUUCCGCCGCCGCACGCGCCGCAACGCCGUUCCCGGCCCUCGCGCUCCACCCCCACGCGCACCACCACCACGACAUGUCCACCAUGCUCGGCUACCACCACCACCACCUCAUCCCGCCGCAGCCGCAGCCGCAGCAGCAGGAGCCGCCCCAUGACCCCAACAGCUCUGGCGGCGGCGGAUUCAUGAGGAAGCGGUAUCGGGAGGACCUGUUCAAGGAGGACGACGAGCGUCAAGAUCCCAAGGCGCGCGAGCAGCAGCAGCCCGCGGCAAUGUGGGCCGUGGCGCCCAACAGCGCGGCCCCCGGCGGCGCCUUCUGGAUGCUCCCCGUGUCCGCGAGCCAGGCCGCCGGGGCCCGGCCCACCGAGCAGCCCAUGUGGUCCUUCGGCGGCAGCGGCGGCGGGGGCACCAGCACCGUGCAGGCGCCGCUGCAGUUCAUGUCCAGGGUCAACUACCCCACCGCCGCCGGGAUGGGCGGCUCCCCCGCCGACACCAACAUCGGCAUGCUCGCCGCGCUCAACUACAGCCGCGGCGGCACUGAGGACCAGCAGGAGCAGCAGCACCAGCAGCCGGAGAUGGAGCAGCAGCGCGGCGGCAACGAGGGCGAAGAGGAGGAAGGCGGCGACGACAGCGGCGGAGAGGAAGACCACGGCGCCAACAACAACAACAGCUCACAGUGAGUUAACCUCGUCGCAAGAAGAACCUCAUCAUCUGCAGCAAACAAAAAAAAACUCUGAAUCCGCCAUGAUCAUAUCGCAAUCGUGCUAGUGGGUCACUGCGUAGCAGCAGGCACCCCCCAUAGGACUGGAAUUCGAAUCGAAUCCUGCUGCCUUUUCCCCUGAGAUGCCAUCAUUGAGUUAGAAGGGAAGAUUGGAGAAAUCAAGCGAAUGGAACUGAAGAAGAAGCCAAGCCAAAUAGCCAAUGCAGGAAGAACUUCUUGCUAGUCCCAUUAGCCUCUUGUUAUUUGUUUUGGGUCGAAUUUUUUCGUCUGUUAAUUUCCUUUGGAUUGAUUCCAUGAGUUGAAUGAUUGUCUUCGUUUCGUUUUAGUAGUAGAUGGGUGUUAUGAUUAGCAGUGGGUCCCAAUUCAGGAGGGGCCAAGAAUCGAACAAGAAGAAGAAACUGAGUUUGAUUUGUACAGCUGAUCAUCUUGAUUUGUGCUGCAAGUUUUAAUUUCUAGCAUCCGUAUUAUUUUUCUCCA